AUGGCCCGCUCAUCCGUCCCCACCCAGAAUGACAUCGCUGUCCCCGAGUCGGUGCUCAAGAAGCAGAAGGCCCACCAGAAGACCAGCGACUCUCAGGCCGCUGAGUUGAAGAAGAAGCGUGAGGCCAGCAAGCAGAAGCGCGAGGUCAUCAAGGAGCGCGCCGCCAAGUACACCCAGGAGUACGCAAAGGCCCAGCGCGAUGUCAUCGAGGCCAAGCGUGCCGCGAAGCGCGACAACUCUCUCUUCGUCCCCGCUGAGUCCCGCCUUGCCUUUGUUGUCCGUAUCAAGGGUAUCAACAAGAUCGACCCCAAGAAGCGCAAGACCCUCCAGCUCCUCCGUCUUCUCCAGAUCAACAACGGUGUCUUCGUCCGCCUCACCAAGGCCACCAGCGAGAUGCUGAAGAUCGUCGAGCCUUUCGUCGCUUACGGAUACCCCAACUUGAAGACCGUCCGCGAGCUUGUCUACAAGCGCGGUUACGGAAAGGUCAACAAGCAGCGCCUGCCGAUCACCGACAACGAGCUCAUCGAGGCCAACCUCGGCAAGUUCGGUAUCACCUGCAUUGAGGACAUCAUCCACGAGAUCUACACCGUCGGCCCCAACUUCAAGGCCGUCUCCAACUUCCUCUGGCCCUUCAAGCUCUCUUCCCCCACUGGCGGUUUCCGUACCCGCAAGUUCAAGCACUUCAUCGAGGGUGGUGACCUUGGUAACCGCGAGGAGUUCAUCAACCAGCUCGUCAGGCAGAUGAACUAAGCUGUUGUGCUUUUGUUCAAUGGGUGGAGUAACGGUUAGCUUCAAAACGAUACCAUGAAGAUCACGACUACUGGUCGCCCACUCCUC